UUCAUGCUGAGGCUGGUGGUGAGAGUGUAGCUUCUCUGUGUGUGUUAGUCAAACAAUGGCGACUGCGGCCAGUGCAGCGGGCGGAACGGGAUCUGGAGCCCCAGCGGCAGCUCAGACGGGCCCCGGUACCGCGGUGGGCAGGAAAAAGGACGGAGGACCGACGGCUAAAUUCUGGGAGAGCGCAGAGACUGUUUCUCAGCUGGAGACCGUGCGCCAGUGGAUUAGCAAACACUACAAAAAGUACGUUCAGGCUGAUUCUCCAUCCUGUAAAUCUUUGUCCGGGUUGGUGGUUCAGCUGCUCCAGUUUCAGGAAGACGCGUUCGGACGCAAAGUGAGCAAUCCGGCCCUCACCAAACUACCUGCAAAGAGCUUCUUGGACUUCAAAGCGGGCGGAGCUCUGUGUCACAUUUUGGGUUCUGCGUACAAGUUCAAGAGUGAACAGGGGUGGAGGAGGUUCGAUCUGCAGAAUCCAUCCAGGAUGGACAGAAACGUAGAGAUGUUCAUGAACAUCGAGAAAACCCUCGCGCAGAACAACUGCUUAACCCGACCGGUGGUGUACAUCUCCUCCGACAUGGACCAAAAACAAGCCGGCAAACUCAAAGAUAUCGUCAAGAGACACCAGGGCAGCAUCACUGACGAUAAGUCCAAAGCUACACAUCUCAUCAGUUCUUCUCCAGCACAGACAGACGAAGAAGAGUGGUUUCGACCCGUCAUGCGCAAGGACAAGCAGGUUCUGGUCCACUGGGGAUCCUACCCAGACAGUUAUGAUACCUGGGUUUCCACCAGUGAUGUAGACGGAGAGAUUGAGGAUCCACCGAGCUCAGAGAAGCCGUGCAGGGUUCACGCCAAAUGGGUGCUGGAUACGGACGCCUUCAACGAGUGGAUGAACGAGGAAGAUUACGAGGUGGACGAGAACAGGAAGCCGGUGAGCUUCCGCCAGCGCAUCUUCCCUAAAGAGGAGGAGUCUUCCCGUACGCCCGAUCGCAAGGAGCGAAAGUCUCUGGCCGGAGGAAAGAAGAGGCGCCGCUCCCCGUCCCCGCCCAGCACCCCUGCAGAGUCGCGCAGGAAAGGCAAUAAGAAAGGAAACGCCACGCCGCACUGGAAACGACGGGGCCAGCGUGAUGACGACGAGCAGGAAGAAGAUCUCACCAAGGACAUGGAGGAUCCGUCUCCUGUACCCGGCAUGGAGGAGGUUAAUCUGCCCAAAAACUUUAAUCAGAAGAAGGACAGCGAGAACGCUCCCGUCAAAGGAGGAACCGUUACCGAUCUGGAUGAGCAGGAAGAUGGAUCAGUGGGCUCUGGGACCAAGGUAAGAGCUGAGGACGAGGAGCAGAACAAAACCGAGGUGAACCGUCUGAUGGACUCGGGCGAGGACAACGUGACUGAACAAACCCAUCACAUCGUCGUUCCCAGCUACUCCGCCUGGUUCGACUACAACUCAAUCCAUGAGAUCGAGAGACGAGCCCUGCCCGAGUUCUUCAACGGCAAGAACAAAUCCAAAUCUCCAGAGAUAUACCUGGCGUACCGUAACUUCAUGAUCGAUACGUAUCGGCUGAACCCUCAGGAGUACCUCACCUCCACCUCCUGCAGGCGCAACCUCACCGGAGACGUCUGCGCGGUCAUGAGGGUCCACGCCUUCCUGGAGCAGUGGGGUCUCAUCAACUACCAGGUGGACGCGGAGAGCAGGCCGAUGCCCAUGGGCCCUCCUCCCACGCCGCACUUCAAUGUGCUGACGGAUACGCCGUCGGGCCUCGUACCGCUGCACCAUCGCCCCCCGCAGGUUCCUCCUGCUCAGCAGAUGCUGAACUUUCCAGAGAAGAACAAGGACAAACCCACAGACCUGCAGAACUUCGGCCUGAAGACCGAUAUCUACUCCAAAAAGAACCCCAAGGCUAAAGGAGGGAGCGGAACCAGGGAAUGGACCGAGCAGGAAACUCUCCUGCUGUUGGAGGCCCUGGAGAUGUACAAGGACGACUGGAACAAAGUUUCCGAGCACGUGGCCAGCCGGACGCAGGACGAGUGCAUCCUUCACUUCCUGCGCCUGCCCAUCGAGGACCCGUACCUGGAGAGCUCGGAGGCGUCUCUCGGGCCCCUGGCCUACCAGCCCAUCCCCUUCAGCCAGUCGGGGAACCCGGUCAUGAGCACCGUGGCUUUUCUGGCGUCUGUGGUGGAUGCUAGAGUGGCUUCCGCCGCCGCCAAGGCCGCUCUCGAGGAGUUCUCCCGGGUGAGAGAGGAGGUCCCGGCCGAGCUGGUCGAAGCCCACGUAAAGAAGGUGGAGGAGGCGGCGAGGAGCACGGGAAAAGUCAACCCCUCGUUCGGCCUGGAGAGCAGCGGCAUCGCCGGUACUGCGCCCGAGGAGCCGGAGAAAUCUGAAGCCACAGAGACGGAGAAAAUGGAAACCGACCCGGAGUCACAGCAGUCGGAUAAGGCCGAAUCGAAGGACGAGGCGGAGAAAACCAGCCAGAGCGACGCGGCCGAGAAACCGGCCGAGGGAGAGAAGGUGAAGAGCGAGGAGACGGAGACGCCCGACAGCGAGGACGACGAGGCCGAGCCGGGGGAGACGAAGGACGCCGGUGCAGACGCCGAGAAAGAAAAGGAGGAGGAGAUGGAGGUCUCGGAGGGGGGGAAGGAGGAAGACGAGGGGGCGACGGACGAGGGCAAGAAGCAGGUGGAGCUGGAUAUCGGAGAGGGUAACAUCGCCACCGCUGCGGCCGCUGCUCUCGCCUCCGCUGCCACCAAGGCCAAGCACCUGGCAGCGGUGGAGGAGCGGAAGAUCAAGUCUCUGGUGGCCCUGCUGGUGGAGACUCAGAUGAAGAAGCUGGAGAUCAAACUGCGCCACUUCGAGGAGCUGGAGACCAUCAUGGACCGAGAGAAGGAGGCGCUGGAGUUACAGAGGCAGCAGUUGUUGACCGAGCGCCAGGCCUUCCACAUGGAGCAGCUGAAGUACGCCGAGAUGAAAGCUCGCCAGCAGAUGGAGCAACAGGCCGCCGCCGUGGCUCAGCACGGAGCUCCGCCCCCGGGUCACGGAGCCCCGCCUCAUCCUCACGGCGCUCCACACCCAGGUCAUGGAGGUCAUCCGCCUCCUUCCCACAUGCCAGGAAUGCACCCGGGGGCCGUAUAUCCCGGCAUGCACCACCCUAUGGUGGGCCCCCACCACCCCUCGCAGACGGGUCCGAUGGUUGGUCGCAUGAUGCCAGGCGGCCCUCCGGGCCCCAUGUCCGGCGCUCCUCCUAACGUAAUGUCAGUUGGCCCCCCGGGGCCGAUGCCUGGCGCCCCUGCGAGCUCCAUGCCCGGCGGUCCUCCAGGUCCCAUGACGGGUCCACCACCAGGCGGGAUGCCCCCUAUGAUGGGCCCCAGGCACCCCGGAGCCUCAAACGGCAUGUAUCCCGGGCCCCUCCCUCCUUCCGCGCCUCCUACCGCACAGCCUGAUGGGAUGCCGCCGGCCCCGGCGACCCUGCUUCCUCCUCGCCCGUCCGAGAACUAACGGACCAGAUCCAACACACCUUCUGACUGUAACGCAGCUCCUGUCGUCGCCCUGAUAGACCUGCUCUCUACUGAACACACACACACACACACACACACACACACACUGAAAACUAUCACUGUAGCACCAUGUCAGGAUUUAGCGCCGCUCCUGCGUCAGUGUGCAUGCUUCCUCUAACCUGCCUUAGUAAAAUCUACCUCUGCUGGACCUUCCUCUCUGUGUGUGUGUGUGUGUGUGUGUGUGUGUGUGUGUGUGUGUGUGUGUGUGUGUGUGUGUGUUGCAUUCGCUUCUAAAAUAAUCCUGCUUUCUCUACCUCUAACCUACUACCUCUCUCACCCCUCUCUCUCUCUCUCUCUCUCUCUCUCUCUCUCUCUCUCUCUCUUUCUCUCCCUCGUUCUGUAGCUUUACCUCUCGCUGGCUUUUUGUUUCCUGUUCCUCCAGUCGCCACAUGGGGGCGCCGUGCACCUCUCGGCAGCGCUCGUUAGUCCGUUAGCAACGAGAUUCUGCUCUGCUUCUCUAAUCGCUGAUCGUUCGCUUCCUAUUAGACGUGAUCGAUCAGUAGCCAAUGGCAUAAAAACCCGAACACGCUGGAUUUCGACGCUCGGUUUAGCGCCCAGCCUGCCGGUGGCGGCCGGGUUUUUAACUGUAGCCGCGUUCGGGGUCAGUGACGCUAAAAUUCAUCUUUACUUUAAUUCUAAUUAACUAAAAUAUAAAAAACAAACCUGUGGUGUUUUUAAGAUGUUAGGAAAGUCCUCAGUGUGUUUAAUCAUGUGCCGCUCACACUGCAGGUUAUAAAAUAUUAAUUCUAAUAAACUAAAGUAUAUUUAUUAAUUAUUAAUAAUAAUGGGGUCUGUUCUGGAACUGGGAGUGGUGGGGACACGUGCUAGCAUUAGCUUCACACAGAGAAACUGGAAAUAGUCUUUCUAAUAUGUAUGUUUUUUUUUUUAAGGUGGACAUUAAAAUUUGUAAUCCACCUUAAAUUGAUUGAUACGUUACUCUAUGAAUUAUUUUCUUCCUUCCUGCCCUCCUCUUCCUCUUGGUGCCUGUGUGACUGCUGCAUUACUGUGUGGAGGUGUGGUUGCCCUCCUCUUCCUCAGGUUGUAGAUGGGACGAGUGUAGAUGUUCUGAACUGCUGUAUGCUGUACGACAGGAGCUGUACCCCCCCCCCCUCGUACCCCCCCGUAUCUAUGCUGUAUUACUGUGUGCUGUUUUAAACUGGGAUGUAUUUUUAAGAGAAUAAAGUUUGUGUAGACGACUCAUGCGGAGCCAUCGUAGCUUUUUCAUGUGGAACCGGUACUGAAACCCAAAUAAACUGCUGUGGUUCUUUUUA